AUGUCUUUCCCGCUAAUCAACCGCAUCGCCGCCACCGAUAAGGACACUCUUGUUGUCACGCAGGGGAAAAGAAGUGUCCGCCAUUUUGUCCGAGAGGCCGAGAUAGUAUACAGGGGCCCCGAGAAGGGGAAAAAAACGAUGUCAGAGGCAUGUGAUAAGCUUGUGAAAUUCUUAGCGAUGGCGGCGGACAUUGAUUUCAGUGGCGAGCGGUGGAUCAGACGGAUGACAGGAAACAAAAGCCCCAUCUUCAUCGGGUUUAAUGAGGUGGUCAAAGCAAAGAGACGCUGGUUCUUUGUGUGGACUAAGCCAAACUGCCUGAUGCUCAAGAAAUCAUGGAGGAGCACACUGAAGCGCACGCUUACAAACCACUGCUUAGUCAAGAGUCCCUAA